UUGGCUAAGGCAUCACUUCCAUUUGCAUUCUAGAAUCAACUGGACAGCCGACCAAGCCAGCAAAAUGAAACUGUUGUUGAUCUGCGCAUUUGUUGCCGCCGUGGCAGCUACUUCCCCUAGCAGCGAGUACUUGCCCCCCGCAUACGGUGCCGCCUCGGCUCCAGUUGCUUCCUACGCCGCAGAGGCUUCGGCUCCAGUUGAGUCCUACUCUGCCCCAGCCCAGGCCAGCUACACCGCUGCCGCUUCCGCUCCAGCACAAUCUUACUCGGCUCCAGCUGCCUCAUACUCGGCUCCCGCUCAGGCUACCUACACCGCUGCCGCUUCUGCCCCAGCUGUGUCCUACUCGGCUCCCGCUCAGGCUGUGUCCUACUCGGCUCCCGCUCCAGCUGUGUCCUACUCGGCUGCUGCUUCGGCCCCGGCUGCAUCUUACUCUGCUCCAGCUCCAUCUUACACCGCUGCUGCUUCGGCCCCAGCUGCAUCCUACUCCGCUCCUGCUGAGUACGAGACCGCUGCUUCCGAGCCCGCACACACCUUCUCGGCUAACGAUGGAUACCGCUACAAGACCCAGCGUCGUCGCGUCAUCCGUCGCCACCGUCGUGAUGUGAGCCAUCUGCCCUCCAACGAUUACCUGCCCCCCUUCCAGGGAGCUGCUUCCGCACCAACCUCUGAGUACCUGCCCCCAGCAGCGUCUGCCCCAGCUCCAGUCUACCAGGCCGCUCCUGCACCAUCCUACACCUCCGCUGCUUCGGCUCCAGCUGUGUCCUACUCUGCCCCUGCUGCCUCCUACUCUGUUGCUGCUUCGGCCCCUGCUGCAUCCUACUCCGCUCCUGCUGAGUACGAGACCGCUGCUUCCGAGCCUGCACACAGCUUCUCGGCCAACGAUGGAUACCGCUACAAGACCCAGCGUCGUCGCGUCCUCCGUCGCCACCGUCGUGAUGUGAGCCAUCUGCCAUCCAACGAGUACCUGCCCCCAGCAGCCUCUGCCCCAGCUCCAGUCUACCAGGCCGCUCCUGCACCAUCCUACACCGCCGCUGCUUCGGCUCCAGCUGUGUCCUACUCUGCCCCAGCUCAAGCUGUGUCCUACUCGGCUGCUGCCUCUGCUCCAGCUGUGUCCUACUCGGCCCCAGCUCAGACUUACUCUGCCCCUGCUGCAUCCUACUCUGCGCCAGCUCCAGUCUACCAGGCCGCUGCCUCCGCACCAGCUGUGUCCUACUCGGCCCCAGCUGAAUCCUACUCCGCCCCAGCUGCAUCCUACUCUGCUCCUGCUGAGUACGAGACCGCUGCUUCCGAGCCAGCACACAGCUUCUCGGCCACCGAUGGCUACCGCUACAAGACCCAGCGUCGUCGCGUCCUCCGUCGCCACCGUCGUGAUGUGAGCCAUCUGCCAUCCAACGAGUACCUGCCCCCAGCAGCCUCUGCCCCAGCUCCAGUCUACCAGGCCGCUCCUGCACCAUCCUACACCGCCGCUGCUUCGGCUCCAGCUGUGUCCUACUCUGCCCCAUCUCAAGCUGUGUCCUACUCGGCUCCCGCUCCAGCUGUGUCCUACUCGGCUGCUGCCUCUGCUCCAGCUGUGUCCUACUCGGCCCCAGCUCAGACUUACUCUGCCCCUGCUGCAUCCUACUCUGCGCCAGCUCCAGUCUACCAGGCCGCUGCCUCCGCACCAGCUGUGUCCUACUCGGCCCCAGCUGAAUCCUACUCCGCCCCAGCUGCAUCCUACUCUGCUCCUGCUGAGUACGAGACCGCUGCUUCCGAGCCAGCACACAGCUUCUCGGCCACCGAUGGAUACCGCUACAAGACCCAGCGUCGUCGCGUCAUCCGCCGCCACAGAUAUUGAACGGUUUAGCAGUUGAGGCUCCCCCAACAAACCCAGCCAAACACUGCUUUGGUUUCGGGUUCUUUGGUCACUUGUACCGAAAAAUUGUUAGGGAACGAAAUUGAUAAAUUCAAAAAUAAAACAGUUACAAAAUAUAA